AUAGCCAAUGGGCUCUCAGCAAUGCCUUCACCACCGCGUUCGAGCCUUCGAGGAGAAGCAGUCUGCCUACAGCAGUGCCGCGUCCAACCAGCUAGUUCGAUUGACUGACAGCUAGUUAAAUGCUACGCUACAUGUAAAUUAAGGAAGCUUGCUAACAAAUUAGAUAUGGUUUACGAGAGUAGAAUUGCUUGUUUUCAGAUUCAAAAAUAGAGCUUAAAUUGCAUCAUUGACAUUGUCUAUGCUGCGUUGCACUUCAUGAAAUCAAUAAAAAAACUGGCGACUUUGACAGACUGAGCAGUAGCCUACACUGGAAGAAAGUGAAGACAACUCAGUAAGGUCUGGUUUCACAAGCGAGUCAACACUCCAGGAGUCAUUUUCAUGAUGCCUGUCCAGGGUCUUCAUUUUAUUAUUUUGGUUCAUGGUACUGUUGGCAAUUUCGUGGCAUGCCUUGCAUUGAAGAGACAAGAUCUCAAUAUAUGUGACCAGGUCUGGGUGGAUGUGGUUUGUCACAUUCUCAGAGUGGGAAUUCUCAUGGCCCUUGUGCUCCAGCAUCUUUCUGAUACAGACUUUUGAGGUGGGCCCAUCGUUGAUGUCAAUGGACACAUAGACCUUACAAUUGUUUGCCGUGGUGUCCUGUGGCUGCCGUGUCGAUUUUCCUCUUGCCAUGUGUUGUUCACAGUAAAAAUGAAGUGGUUGUGUAUUUAGACUUUUGUAGUCAUAUGACCCAUCAAGGUCACUGAUAUAGCUUUCGAUAUACACCUCCACCUCUGCCCUUAUGACUCCUUUUGAAAGCACUCUUAAUUUAAAAAAUCCAUUCUGGAAGAAAAUAACAUACAGCAUAUAAUUUCACUCCUUUACCUUAUAAACUGCCUCUACCCCCCCCACAAUCAUAUUUUUAUUGAAUUUUGGGUUAGUGGGGCCCCUCAGAAGGAUUUUUUUAAACGGCCCCCUUAUUCACUAAGUCCACUGCAAGUAGGCCUAUUGAGAGCACUCUCUCGGAGGUGAAUUACCUCUUAUGUGCAAGCGAGCGCUCUCCGGCUUGUGAAUCAACCAAAAGCUAUUGUAAUAUUUUACAUUAUAUACAAGUCCAUUGUAAUGAUGGAUAUUAAAUCCUAGACAAUCAUUUUCUAACUAUUUUCAUUAAAUCACUGAGCCUUCACCUACUUCUCACUCUAAUAAGUUUCUUCUCACACAAGUCUUAAGUACUCUCCUGAGGGGAAGACACAGGGGACAGCUGAUUGGCAGAUCAUUAACAUAUUCAUAUAUUCAAAACCAAAAAGUUUAGUGGUAAUAGACAAUUUUUUAAAUACAUUUUUUUUAAAAGACUGAUAAUCAGCAAUUCAGCUUAUUAAACAGACAUAUGUACAUCAUUUAUCAACCUCUUUCCUUGGGCUCUCGAGUGGUGUUUAGGGUUCUAAUGCACUGAAUAUCAGUGCUAAUGGCGUCGCUACAGACCCUGGUUAGUUUCCAGGCUGUAUCACAACUGGCUAUGAUAGGGUGACGCACAAUUGGUCCACCGUCGUUAGGGUUUGGUUCGGGCUAGCCAGUCAUUGUAAAUAAGAACUUGCCUUACGCUUCGAACACACCGACUGUGUUAUUGCAUCGCUGCUGCAUAACAUUUUGCGCAGCAAGGCAACUAUACUGAUGCAGGUACCUUUUGCAGACGGUCGAGUGCGGUUGGUGUUGGAUCCUGUGUUUUACAUUAUAGCCAUUACCAUAUAUAUGAUUGAAUAUUAUCUGCUGUUGGCUUGUGUGGAUGUAUGUAUGUGUUAUGCAACAUAGCUGACUUGAAACAUUGUUAAAAGCUUCAGGGCCAUGGGCCUUUCUCAUGAUGGAAAAAUACAGAAGACAAGAACUGUGCAAUGAGUUGGGGGGGGCACAUUCAGAGCGUGGGGUUGCAGAACAAGUGGUCUUUUGUUAGAUAACAGGAACCAGGUGCGAGAUAACGGUAUGGAGCAUGAGCGCAUGGAUGUUCUUCACAGCAACAGUUAAAUCUAUCAACAGAAGCGCCAAGAGGCGGGGACCCGCUUGCAAUAGGCUGAGCAAGUUUAAACCACGCCGAGCCUCUACUGUGAUAGGCCAACAGACGGGUUGGAACUGUCUAUCACAGUAUAAAGAAUACUGUUUACACACAUCUUGUCAGUUCUCUGUUCUGCCCUGCGUGGUAUUACAGUGAGCCCGUAUAUACGAAAGUUGCAUUUGCCAUUUAUUACUUAGCUAAUAAAAAAAUACAUAGUAUACAAUCGGUGACUCAUUGUUAUAUUUAUCCUGAUACCAGAUUCGAAUUUACGCAACUCUAACAUGGUGACCACCGACGUGAUCUGGUAAAGGACAUCGCUGGACAUUGGUGUGCCAGCCGAUUGGCCAGUACUGUCGUCGGACGGUGUGUUUCACAAAUUCUGACCGGUCAACUAAAAAAGGUAAGCAGACACCUGUUGUGAAAAACUAAAGUUCUGCACAUUGGAGUUAUCCAAAUUUAGUUUUGUGAGACACCUGUUUGAUGUAAGUUACUAAAUUUUAACUAUUAUGAUGUGUGAGAUUGGAAAAUAGUUGAGAAAGUAAUAUCUCCAUUGGCAAUUGCAAUUUUAUUAUUGAUCAACAAAACUUAAUGAUGCAUUGUGUAUGGGAUGUACUAGUAUGCCUGGCUGGUAGGUGGUAACAGAGAACACUUACUACAUGUAUGAAUGGUGGGUAACGGGUGACCACCAAAGCGUGAAUGGAUAGUCUGGGACUACAUGUAUGAUUCAUUCUAGUUGAUUAUAAAAGUGUGACUGGAUAGUCUGGGACUACAUGUAUGAUUCAUUCUAGUUGAUUAUAAAAGUGUGACUGGAUAGUCUGGGACUACAUGUAUGAUUCAUUCUAGUUGAUUAUAAAAGUGUGACUGGAUAGUCUGGGACUACAUGUACGAGUGGUGGGUAACGAGUGACCACCAAAGUGCGAAUGGAAAGCCAUAUGAUGCAAAUGUGAUGUACUAGGCAGGGCCAAGUGUGAAUGACGGAUAAUUAAAUUGACUAAUUGGACUUGAGACCGAUUUAGCCUUAAGGAGAGGGUCUCUCUAAGGUCCUAACAAAGCAUAGGUGUGUGUGAAGUACAUCGGGUAGUAAAGUCGACGCACUGACUACCAAGUUUGAAUGAGACAUUAAGUUGUUCUAGAAACGUGAUCCGGUCGACACGUUAGUCAUAUGGGCUGAUUGUAUUUUUUAUUUUGUACAUUUGGUAUUAAAGUAAAAGUGAUAAUCCGGGGGACACUAGACUACUUAAUACCCUAGGGGACCCACAGUGCAUAAUUGAGUUCUUACUUUAGAUCUAAUUGGGGGCCGAUUUAGCCGUAAGGAAAGGGUACCACUUGGGUUUGAGUAAAGGCAUAGGUUGUUGACAGUAUUGUAGUGUACAUAAAAUGUCGUUGGAAAUAGAAAAGGUGUUGAAAACGCUGAAGUCCACUUUAGAAGUGAAUGGAGGUCAAGAGAGUGGGGUGAGAAGCUGUACAGAGAAUGGAUAGAAGGAGGGGCCAUUGCGUCUCCCACUGGUCUGCUUACUGGGGUGAAUGGAGAUUUGUGUGUGUAUGGUGUAAGUUGAAGCUUACUGGCUUGAAUGGAGAUUUGUGAGACUCAAAUCGUGUGCAUGAAAUACGCUUGAUAUUCAGUCGGGGACUAAUAUCGGUAUGAAUGAGGUCAGGGACAUUCAGAUGAGAUGUCUGAGUUGUAUUAAUUUGAGCCUGCCAAGCGAGUGUGGUACAUUAGGUAUUUCAGUUGGAGCUGGUACCGGUGAGAAUGUUUAAAAAGUUGCAGGCUUGCUGAUGAGAUGUUUGCACAGAGUUAUAUCAUAGAAUAUUGAGGGGGGUGUGCAUGACUAUUGGAAAAAGUGUUCAACUCUAUUAACGUAAAAUUCAGUGUGUAGAUUUAUAUUAUGAGGUUUGAACUAUACUAAUAUUGUAGAAUUACAUAAUCAACAUCUGAACAUACUUACGUUAAACAUUAAUUGAGCCACUGAGUAAUAGAUAAGAUUUACACUAGAUACGGGAGACGGGGCGACGGGUGUGGUCGACGUAAGACGGGUGGGUGUUCUAACCAAGUGCUGAGAAAUAAGGUAGAUUUAUUUUGUUCUUUUAAUUAAUUUACACAAGUACUUCCUGGUGAUUGAUUUUGGUUUGAUUGUUCAGAUAACACCAUUGAAAUUAAACAGGAGGUUAAGGUAUACUAACAUUAGAAUCUGUUUUCAUUAUGGGGAACAAUGAAAGGCCCGCAGAGUGGAUUGCAGGCUGAUUUGAUUUAAUGUUAAAGGGACUGUGUACGUUUAUCACAGUUGUGUGUGUGUGUGUGUGUGUCUAAUGGCUGGGUAUUUAAGAAGUAUUUUGGUGAGACAAUUUGGAGAAACACGAAUGUAAGACAUGAAACAUCGAGACUAAUUAUUUGAGUUUGAGGGGAUUAUCGUAAUUAUUAGGUUUUGGUUUUGUUGUAAACGUUUGGGUUAAGGGGAUUUCCCUGUUCCCAGAGACAAGAUAUCUUAAAGGGGUACACUCAAAUAUGGAAUAUUAGGAGUUUUAUUUUCUGAGUUUUAAUUACACAAGUUUUUUUUUUUUUUUAAGAUAAAGGGUUCUUUAAUAUGUCUAAUAUGGUAUGGAACACGAAUGUAACCUUUGACCUGCUUUCAUGGCUCUCCUGGGUGGUCUGAUCAGCCACAGGGGAGUGCCAUUUGAAUAAUGAAUUUGUGGUCAUGGGUAAUACUGUUUAAAAAAAAAUAUAUAUAUAUAUAUAUAUAUUUAUUUUUUAAGGUAAAUUAAUUAUAGUGGAGUUUAAUUAACCUAUAUAAGGACUUUAGAAAUUGCCACCAUAGACAUGUUUUUCUAAAAAAAUCCAUGAGUUUAGAUAAAGCCAAACAGUGAGACAUUUAGUUCAAAUGUGGAAACAUGAGAAAAAGAGCUACAGACAGAAAGGGGGAAAAGGCAGACAGAACAGCCCUCCCGCGCUGCGGAGACCUUGAAGGUUGGAGAGCAGAGAGGAGAAGUUUUAGAAGGGGCGCCAGGACGAGCAAAGAUAACAGUUACUGAGUGGAGACAAAAGGGAGAAUUGGACAUGUGGAGAAUGAAAGGGGCGCUCCUACAUGAUAAUGUCAGAACAGAAGGAUAAUAUACUAAUCUUACCUAAGUCAUUAUUUAGAGUAGGUAAGGUUGUUACCUGGGCAGAGCCAGGUAUCAAAAGGGGGAUGGGUAAAUUGUGGUCUAGGAUUGGAUGGGGCCUAUUGGAUAAUAAAAUAAUUAAAAAAAAACCAUAUAUUCUAGCUAACAAAUAGGCAUAGAGGUUAAAGAUAUAAUCAGAGAGAACAAAUGAGAAACUGUUUGUUAACCAAACCUGUAUGUCCAAGAUUUUAUGCAUAACAGGUGAAUUAAAGGAGAAGGUGAUUCACUCAAUCCAGUCCCUGUGGAGAAUAGAUGUGAAGCAGCCCGUUGGGAGGGCCAUACCAAGUGCUCCUGGUGACAGCCUUUGCAGUAGCUACCUGGGGACAUAUCACACAUUGUUGGAGGGUAGGACACACUGACACUGCCAAACCAUCACAGAGUUAGAGAGAAGAACCGAAACCAAUAUGGCUCGGGGUUUCACUCUCUUAACGAAGCUUCCCUGACCCCGCACUCCCAUCACUGUGUAACGUUCAUAGAAGUGGAAGUGUGGUUUGGCCUCUGGCUGCUGAUGUGUUCUCUGGGAGAGGGUGGGGCUUUACAGGAGUGUCAGUGUACCUGUGUAAUGGGGGAGGGUGUCCGUAUGGGGAUUACAUGAUAACCAACUUGGGACAGUUCUAGGAUUGGAGAAGAGGGUAUCCUUAUAACAUAGGGGAUCCCACAAAGGUGGAUAGGUUUUCCAUGAUAUGGGGGAAACCUGGGAGCACUGUUGAACUUUGUAAAGGUGAUGAAAUCCUACUAACCAUCAAAACUAUUAAGCUCUCUGAUGCAGGGACUUACACCCUCGGACUACAAAGGACCAGGACAGACACGAUGGGUGUGUUUUCUAUUAAGGUGCUGCCAAAACCACAGAGGUCCCAGACGAACCAGAGCCAGACAUGGCAUUGAUUAUGGGAGAUUGCGUGAAGCUGAUUGCAGUAGUAACAUAACCAUUAAUUCCACAAAGCCAGUUACAGGCCUAAACCAAACUAGUGGUCUGGCUGAUGUGUGGUGGUUAUGUGGACCCAAAAGAGUGCUGAGACCCAUUCUUAGAGGAGACUGGCAAGGUACGUGUACUCUGACCAGUUUGAUCAUUCCAUUGACCAUUGUUGAUGUUACUGCUGAACAGCUGUUGGACUCUGUAUCCAGGGGACCUGAAAACAUUCCAUCCCAUGGGAGACAUAGACGUAGUGCUCCAUGGACAGAGGAUGUAGUUGACAUACACACUAACCUGUUGGGAGUGCCAGUGGGGGUUCCUCAUGAGUUUCAGGCCUUGGGUAGGAAUGAUGGACUCUGGCACUUACUACCUAUUAUAGGUCCAGCCAUAGUGGAUGCAAGACAGACUGCAUGGAUUAAUUAUAUCUACUAUAAUCAACAGUGUUUUGUGGAUUACUCCCGUGAUGCACUCACAGGUAUGUCUGAACAGCUGGAGGCCACAUCUAGGGUUGCCAGACAGAAUAGACUUGCUUUGGAUAUGCUUCUUGCCAGUCAGGGGGGUGUCUGCAAGAUGUUCGGUGAACAAUGUUGCACGUAUAUUCCUAAUAACACCAGUCCAGAUGGUAGUAUAUCUAAGGCCCUUAGUGGGCUUGAUGCCCUAUCUGCUGAGAUGAGGACCAUGGCGGGGGUAGAGGAGUCUGGACUGUUCUCUUGGUUGGGAGCCUGGUUUGGUAAGUACACUGGUAUGGUGGUUACUGGAUUUCUGACCCUAAUUCUUGUAUUUUAUUAUUGAUGUGUUGUGCUGCUUGCAUCAUACCGUGUUUUAAGAAGUCUGUUACAGAUGUGGUGAAGGCUUCAGGCAUGAUGCCUUUGCUUGAUGCUCCAGUUGGAGAUGCUGAUACUGAAUCAAGCUUUCAGGGGAGGAUGGAACUGACUGAGGAUGACCCAUGGUAUGCUGUGGGUGAGGUAGUAGAAUAAAUAUUACACCACCACAGUUCCUUGUUUUACAUUUUUUUUAUGAUAGGUUUUCUUUCCAGUAUGUUUGUUCUCCCUGUUGUGAAGGUUUGGAGUCCCUGGGUGGCAUGGUGCCCACCUGGUGCAGGAUAGGAGUAGCUGAGAGGACCAGAUGGUUUAUAAUAGUGCUUUGCUCUGCUUUACUCUGUUUUCCAUGACCAAAGUUUUAUCCUACAUCUUACAUGUCAAUAAACAAUAAAGUCUUAUCCUGUUUUUGUCAAAAGGGAGAGACAAAAGCAUAUAUCACUUGUUGAUUUGUAAUUUUUCUUGGAUGAUUUUUCUUUUCUGUUUUUCUGUAACAAA